GCAAGUUUGAAAAGAGACAACCGUCGGUGGUGGACGUGUGUUGACUUCUGACCGGGCCUGCGGCAGCGCCGCAGCUCUUCGCCCUCCUGCGGGCGGCCGGCUGGCGCGCAGGAGAUUCCCAAGAUGGAAACUUUGUCUUUCCCCAGAUAUAAUGUAGCUGAGAUCGUGAUUCAUAUUCGCAACAAAAUCUUAACAGGAGCUGAUGGUAAAAACCUCUCCAAGAAUGAUCUUUAUCCAAAUCCAAAGCCUGAAGUCUUGCACAUGAUCUACAUGAGAGCUUUGCAAAUAGUAUAUGGAAUUCGUCUGGAGCAUUUUUACAUGAUGCCAGUGAACUUGGAAGUCAUGUAUCCACAUAUCAUGGAAGGCUUCUUACCAGUCAGCAACUUAUUUAUUCAUCUGGACUCCUUUCUGCCCAUCUGUCGGGUGAAUGACUUUGAGAUUGCUGAUAUUCUAUAUCCAAAGGCAAAACGGACAAGUCGGUUUUUGAGUGGCAUUAUCAACUUCAUUCACUUCAGAGAAGCAUGCCGUGAGACAUAUAUGGAAUUUCUUUGGCAAUAUAAAUCUUCUCUGGACAAAAUGCACCAGUUAAAUACUGCACACCAGGAAGCGUUAAUGAAAUUGGAGAGACUUGAUUCUGUUCCAGUUGAAGAGCAAGCAGAGUUCAAGCAGCUUUCGGAUGACAUUCAGGAGCUGCAGCAGUCACUGAAUCAAGAAUUUCGUCAAAAAACGAUAGUGCUCCAGGAUGGAAAUUCCCAAAAGAAGUCUGAUAUUUCAGAGAAAACCAAGCGUUUGAAUGAACUAAAAUUGUCAGUAGUUUCUUUGAAAGAAGUACAAGAGAGUUUGAAAACAAAAAUUGUGGAUUCUCCAGAGAAGCUAAAGAAUUAUAAAGAAAAAAUGAAAGAUACAGUCCAGAAACUUAAAAAUUCCAGGCAAGAAGUGAUGGAAAAGUAUGAGAUCUACAGAGACUCCGUGGACUGUUUGCCUUCAUGUCAGUUGGAGGUGCAGUUAUAUCAGAAGAAAAUACGGGACCUGGCGGAUAACCGGGAAAAAUUAACCAACAUCUUAAAGGAGAGCCUGAACUUGGAGGACCAAAUUGAGAGUGAUGAGUCAGAGUUGAAGAAGUUGAAGACAGAAGAAAAUUCCUUCAAAAGACUGAUGAUUGUGAAGAAGGAAAAACUCGCCACAGCACAAUUCAAAAUAAAUAAGAAGCACGAAGAUGUCAAGCAGUACAAACGCACAGUGAUUGAAGAUUGCAAUAAAGUUCAAGAAAAAAGAGGAGCUGUCUACGAGCGAGUAACCACAAUUAAUCAAGAAAUUCAAAAAAUCAAAUUCGGAAUCCAGCAACUGAAAGAUGCCACUGAGAGGGAGAGGCUGAAGUCUCAGGAAAUAUUUCUGAGUUUGAAAGCUGCUUUGGAGAAAUACCAUGAAGGCAUUGAAAAGGCCACAGAGGCCUGCGGUGCUCAGCUAGAGCAGAAGACGGCUGAACUGAGGAAGAGGAUGUUCAGGACGUCGGCCUGAGCGGCACAGUCACUUGUCUGCCUGUGAACAGCUCACCGCCUUCAUUUCACCUUUGGAAAGGGAAGAGUUAAACUGAAGUCAACAGAAGUAUCAGAAGCAACACAUAAUGUUCUGUAUACUCUCGUAGGCUGUUCUUUUGUAAGAUAAUGCAUUUAAUGUAGACGGUCAUUAACUUGUAACUCAAA